AGUAAAUGGAUGGUCCCACCUAGUCCAGUGGCGGGAAAGAGUAUCUGCCCCGCCGGCUCUGGGAGCCGGCAAUUCCUCAGGAGUCGGAGGACCUGAGGCGAAGUGGCUUCCCCUUUUCGGCUGUUUCUUUGUCAACUGGCCUCCUCUCUCUCCUGGCUGAUCAUGUUGACAUGACUUGUACAUGAUGAACAGUGAACUUCUAGCUACGUGCAGUGCCCUUGGGUACCUUGAAGGAGACAUCUACCACAAAGAGCCAGAUUGCUUAGAGAGUGUGAAGGAUUUGAUCCGCUACCUGAAGUAUGAGGAUGAGACACGUGAUGUUCGGCAGCAACUGGGGGCAGCCCAAAUCCUCCAAGGGGACCUUCUGCCCAUCCUCAUCCAGCACCGCCAGGACAAGCCACUCUUUGAUGCUGUUAUCAGGCUAAUGGUGAACCUGACACAACCUGCCCUGCUCUGCUUUGGCAAAGUUCCUCAGGAUCCCAGCUUCCGGCAUCAUUUCCUGCAAGUGUUAAGCCACCUGCAAGCCUACAAAGAAGCCUUUGCCAAUGAGAAGAUCUUUGGGGUCCUCAGUGAGACACUCUAUGAGCUGUUGCAGCUGGGCUGGGAGGAGCGUCAGGAAGAAGAUAACUUGCUAAUUGAGCGGAUUCUUCUACUGGUUAGAAACAUUCUCCAUGUCCCAGCUGACCAUGAUCAAGAAAAGAGUGUCGAUGAUGAAGCCAGCAUCCAUGACCGACUGCUCUGGGCCGUGCACCUCAGUGGCCUUGACGACCUGAUGCUUUUCUUGGCCAGUUCUACAGCUGAACAGCAGUGGAGUUUACAUGUGCUGGAAAUUGUUUCCCUCAUGUUUCGGGACCAGAAUCCUGAGCAGUUGGCUGUGGCAGGGCAGGCACGCUCAGCACGCGAGCAGGGUGCCGACGUGGCAGAGCUGGAAAUUCUGCGACAGAGGGAGACGGCAGAGAAGAAGAGCCGGGCCCUUCAGCGGAGCAGCAGACAUUCUCGUUUUGGGGGAUCCUACGUUAUCCAGGGGCUGAAGUCCAUUGGAGACAGGGAUGUUGUCUUUCACAAAAGUCUACACAAUUUUCAAACCUACAGCCCAGACGUGGGGAAAGCUACUCGCUACGUGCCCCGGCGCCGUCAGCUUGCUCAGGAGCCCUCCCUCCAGCGCCGUUCAGCCCUUAAUGUGCGCCUUUUCCUCCGGGACUUUUGCUCUGAGUUCCUGGAGAACUGUUAUAACCGCCUCAUGGGCCUGGUCAAGGACCACCUGCUCCGGGAGAAGGCACAGCAACACGAUGAGACAUACUAUCUGUGGGCAUUGGCCUUCUUCAUGACUUUCAACCGUGCCUCCAAUUUUCGGCCUGGCUUGGUUUCUGAGACUCUUAGUGUCCGAACUUUCCACUUCAUUGAACAGAACCUCACCAAUUACUAUGAGAUGAUGCUAACUGACAAGAAGGAAGCUGUCUCUUGGGGUCGCCGAAUGCACCUAGCCUUAAAGGCCUAUCAGGAACUUCUGGCCACAGUGAACAAGAUGGACACGUCUGAAGAUGAAGCAGUGAGGGAGAGUAGCCGCAUUAUCAAGAACAAUGUCUUCUACAUAAUGGAGUACAGAGAACUAUUCCUGACUCUCUUUCGGAAAUUUGAUGAGACACGCCAGCCCCGCUCCUAUCUUCGUGACCUGGUGGAGACAACUCAUCUCUUCCUUAAGAUGCUAGAGCGUUUCUGCCGAAGCCGUGGAAAUCUAAUGGUGCAGAACAAAAGAAGGAGAAGGAAGAAGAAGAAGGUGCACACUCAGUCCCCAGCCUCUGCUGGUAAUGUUCCCCAGCCCCCAGAGGAUCCAGAGGGCGUGUGGCCAGCCCUUGCUGAGCAGCUGAAGCUCUGUGCCCAGAAUUCUGAACUCACUCUGGACUCUGUGGUUCCCUUUGAUGCUGCUUCGGAGGUGCCAGUGGAAGAACAGCGGACAGAAGCUAUGGUGCGGAUCCAGGACAGUCUGCUGGCUGGACAGGCCCCUGAGGCCCUAACCCUCCUUCGGUCAGCCAGAGAAGUAUGGCCAGAAGGGGAUAUAUUUGGCUCCCCAGAUUUUUCCUUGGAGGAAGAAAUUGAGCUGCUGAGACAGAUCUUCUGUGCCCCACUUCCUCGGCAGCAGGAACCUGAAGAACAAGGUGGAGAGGAAGAAGAAGGAGAAGAGGAAGAAGAGGAAGAAGAGGAGUUGCAAGCUGUCCAGGUUUUGGAGAAGGAGUUUAACUUCCUAGACUAUCUGAGACGAUUUGCAUGCUCAGCUGUUGUCAAAGCCUAUGUACUUUUACUGCAGAACUACCAGAAGAACAGCCCCCAUACCAAUCACUGUGUGGUUAAGAUGCUACACCGACUGGCCCAUGAUCUCAAAAUGGAAGCCUUGCUCUUCCAGAUCUCCCUCUUCUAUCUCUUUAAUCGGCUAUUUAAUGACCCUGCUUCUGGAGCCUAUAAAGAACUGGUCACUUUUGCCAGAUAUGUGCUGGCCAAGUUCUUCGCAUUGACUGAAGUCAACCACAAAGCCUUUGUGGAACUUCUCUUCUGGAAGAACACAGCUGUUGUGCGGGAGAUGACUGAGGGCUAUGGUUCUCUGGAUGCCCAGUCUUCUAACCAAAAACCUGCCAAGUGGAACCCAGAGGAAGAGAAACAGCUACAGGAGCUGUAUCUGUCCCAUAAAGACAUAGAAGGUGAGGAUGUGAUAGAUGCCAUCUUGGCACGCCUGAACACUACAACUCAUUCUCGAAAACAAGUCAUCCACCAGUUGGUUCGACUUGGACUGGCUGACAGUGUCAAGGAUUUCAAAAGACAAAGGAAGGGGACAAACUUGGUUUUGUGGACAGAAGAUCAGGAGUUAGAAUUGCAGCGACUCUUUGAAGAGUUCCAGGAUUCCGAUGAUAUCCUGGGUCACAUCAUGAAGAACAUCACAGCUAAGCGCUCACGGGCCCGGAUAGUAGAGAAACUUCUGUCCCUGGGGCUGGUCGCAGAUCGACGGGAGCUGUACAAGAAGCGCCGGAGGAAGGCUGUGACUCCCAAUCUUCUGAAUAGAAAGGAUCCUCUGAAGGACCCUGACCAGGAGGAUCUGGAGGAAGAAGAGGAGGAGGAUCAACUGCUGGAGGAAAAUAGUGAGGAGGAUGAAGAGGGCCCAGGGGCAGAAGCAGACCAAGGCACCUCGGUCCACAUACCCCAAAGCCUUAGGCAAAUCCUGCAGGAGGAAGACUUCUCUGCCCCCAUCCUCUGGCUCCAGAACUACCUGAUUCGAAUAGCUGAUGACCGGGAAGAAGAUGGCUGCUCCCAGGCAGUGCCCUUGGUGCCUCUGACAGAGGAGAAUGAGGAUGCAAUGGAGAACCAGGACUUCCAGAAGCUGUUGAGAAAGCUGGGGAUUCGGCCGCCAGCGUCAGAACAGGAAACUUUCUGGCGAGUUCCAGCGAAGCUGAGCCCUGCAUUGCUGCGGAGGGCAGCAGCUUCUUUGGGUCAGGCAGGGCCUGAGCCACAGUCUGCAGACCAUCCAGAGCAGGCAUCCAGGAAGGAGAAGGUGCCAGGGUCCCCCGUGGCAGCCAAAAAACGGAAGAUUGAUCUAGAGGCAGCAGAGGGAGAAGCUGGUAAGGAGCCAUCAAGUUCUGGGCCCCAGAAGCUACAACUACUAGACAGUGAUGGGGAGCAGGAAGAGAGUGAAAGCAAAAACAAAGAUCUCAUAGAUUCUGAGCCAGGCUCCCCUGAGCCCCGCAGGAUCCACAAGAAGAGGAGGUUUCUGAUUGAGGAUGAAGAUGACUAAGGAGCUGAUUCUGGUGGGCUUUGGAGUGGCAUGAGAGGAUGCCCCAGCAUGGUCCCUACACCUGCCUCCCAGGAGCAACUCCGAGGUGCUGGGGCAGCCCGGCAAAGGGGCAGUGGGUGCUUCCUCACUGAGGUUUGCAUUUGAGUGGACUUUGUUCCAGUUUCCUGGGGUAACAGACCCUGCCCUUCUCUAGCCCUUGGUUACCUGCCUUGUCCCCCAGCUUUGGAGCUUUGGGGUGGGGAUGAGGGGGCAACUCACAGGUGCUUCUUGUUUUAUGCUUUGUUAUGAAAUUAAAGCAGCAAAUAAAAAACCUGCUUCCGUUGG